AUGACUUCAAAAGAUAGUCAUGACCCAGGGUGGAACGACCCACCAAUUUUUACUUAUGACAAAGCUGCUGCUAUUCAGACUGCAGCAGCAACGAAAAAAGGAGUAACACUUAAUAAGAGAGUCGCAUUUCCAAUUGAAGGUAAAAUAAACUUACCUCAAAAUGAGUCAUCAACUAAUAAUGCAUUUAAUAUUCCUUCCUCAAAGCCCCCUUCUUGUCAAAUGCCUCCACUGCCUGUCAAAGUGACACAGUCAGCUUUAAAGUCGGAAUCAGAUGAAACAAAUUUAAAUUGUAAAACAAGUAAUAUUGAAAAAGACAAAAUUAAUGAAAUCAAACAAAAUUUUCAAAUUGAUUCAAACUGUGAUAAUGAAAUUCUCAAAAGAUUUAAAAUAAUGGAAACUAUGUGGAAUGACGAUAAAUUAGAUAAUGAUGUGCGAUUGAAAAUUUUUGAGUUAAGUGAAGCAUAUGCAAAUAAUAAUCUAGAUUUAGCAAAUCGUAUUCAACAAGGACUUAUGGUAGAUAAAAUAUCUCAAUGCAGUUCAUGGAUGAGCGGAAUAAGACAAUUAAUAAAUCAAAAAAGAUCCUUUAGUAGUUAG